GCAACUGUGGAAAUAAAUAUUUAAUUUUCUCCGCUCUAUUUUGGUAUAGCUUAUUUAGGUUUUGAAAUGGUAGGUCAGACAGAUCCAGGUGGAAUUAAAACUUUAAUUUGCUGUACAGAUUCUAGCAACCUGCUAACACAGCCUCUCUAGAACUGUGCAGUUUUUGCAAUCUUUUUUUACUCAAACAACUAUUAAUUCUCAUUUUCAUUUACUUUCUGUAAUUCUGGUUGAAUUUAAACACUCUGUAAUAACAGCUGAUUUUCACUAGUCUGACUAUAAGCCAUUUGGUUCUUAGUUGUAUUCUGUAUGAAAGAUCCCACAUCUUUCAUUUUUAUAACUUAUACUAAAUCUAGGGUUGCAAAUCCAGAUGAUUGUAUUUCAAAUUCCCUGAUGAAGUGGUAAUGCUGCCUUGCCAUUUUUUGGUGUAGUGUGAAAUUAGAUGAAUGCAGUCUCUCAGGGGAGCUGCCAUAUUGCACCACUCUAAUACUGCCCUUGUACCUUUUUUAACUGCCUUUUCUUCACUGAUUAUGUGGCUGAUGCAUCAGAGUUAAAAAUAAUUAUUUUUUUUUAAUGGAAUAAAUUCACUUAUGGGAGCAGAGUCCAGUGUAGCAUUUUCACUGUUACAUCACACAAACAUUUUGCUAAAAGUUCUGCUCUUUUUAGCCACUCAAACUAAAAAUCCAAAGAGUGUGGUCAUGUAAUGGUUCAAAUCUCUGCACUGAGAAGCACCAUAUUUUCUAUCUGUCACUCUAAUUGGACAUGUCAGUGAACAUGAGGUGCCCGGAGAGAACCUCUUUGGAUAGGAUUAAGAUUACCCAAUGAAGUGUUUUAAGUCUUAAACCUUCGGUUGCUGAUGGUGUAAUCAUUUCUGCCUUGUACUUAAUUGUACUUAAUCAUUUCUGCCUUCUUCUGUCUUCCAUUCAACACAUGCACAAUGUCAUGAGAGCCAGGUGUGUUGUAGCUUAUAGGAAUGCUUUAAAUUCUCUGAGAAGCGUUUCCAAACCUAAAGAUACUGCAUGUGUUAUGGAUAUCCAACCUGAGAAGUUUGGCUUGGCAAGAACUUCAUGCUGGAGUUACCUUUUGCUGUCAGCAUCUUUGGCAACUACCAAGCAGACAGUGCUUUUGGUUGCACAAGUUAAACAUGUCAGUCAUCUCGCUGUGCUUAAGUUGUGGCAUGUCGAAGACCAGCAGGAUGGAGGCUUCCUGCCUGGAGCUGGCUCUGGAAGGCGAGCGCCUGUGCAAGGCAGGAGAUUGCCGGGCUGGAGUGUCUUUCUUUGAAGCAGCUGUUCAGGUUGGAACUGAAGAUUUACGCACCCUCAGUGCUAUUUACAGCCAGCUGGGCAAUGCCUAUUUCUACCUGCAUGAAUAUGCAAAGGCCUUAGAAUACCAUCACCAUGAUUUAACUCUUGCAAGGACAAUUGGAGAUCUGCUGGGAGAAGCUAAAGCUAGUGGGAAUCUGGGCAACACCUUAAAGGUACUUGGGAAUUUUGAAGAAGCUAUCGUUUGCUGUCAGAGACAUCUGGAUAUUUCCAGAGAACUUAAUGAUAAGGUUGGAGAAGCAAGAGCACUGUAUAAUCUGGGAAAUGUGUAUCACUCUAAAGGGAAAAAUGUAGCUAAUGCUGGGACUCAUGAUCCAGGGGAACUCCCAGAUGAUGUGAAAAAUGCUUUACAAAAAGCUGCAAAGUAUUAUGAGGAAAACCUGUCAAUAGUAACAGAGCUGGGUGACAGAGCAGCACAAGGGCGUGCCUUUGGAAAUCUGGGAAACACACACUAUCUUCUGGGCAACUUCAGGAGUGCAGUUUUAGCCCAUGAACAGCGUCUCCUAAUUGCAAAAGAAUUUGGUGAUAGAUCAGCAGAAAGAAGAGCAUACAGCAACCUUGGAAAUGCCUACAUAUUCCUGGGGGAAUUUGAAACUGCUGCUGAAUACUACAGGAGGACGCUGCAGCUGGCUCGGCAGCUGAAGGACAGAGCUGUGGAAGCACAGGCCUGCUACAGCCUGGGGAACACCUACACUCUACUCCAGGACUAUGAGAAAGCAAUUGAUUAUCAUCUGAAACACCUUGUGAUUGCUCAGGAACUACACGACAAAAUUGGGGAAGGAAGAGCGUGCUGGAGUUUAGGGAAUGCUUAUACUGCUCUGGGAAAUCAUGACCAAGCCAUUCAUUUUGCAGAAAAGCACCUGGAGAUUUCAAGAGAGGUAGGAGACAGAAGUGGAGAACUCACUGCCAGACUUAAUCUCUCAGAUCUUCAAAUGGUUCUUGGAUUAAGCUACAGCACAAACAACUCCAUGAUGGCAGAAAGCCACACUGUGGAAAACAGUUUGAAUGGUGGUAGACCAAGAGGACGCCGUUACAGUAUGGAGAAUAUGGAACUUAUGAAAUUAACACCAGAAAAGGUUCCAAACUGGAACAGUGAGAUUCUUGCUAAACAGAAACCACUGGUUGCCAAAACUUCAGCAAAACUUCAUUUUGUACAUCGACUAAAAGGCAAAAAGUACAAAAAUGGCACCACCUCCAAAGUUUUGCAGGAUGCCAGUAAUUCCAUUGAUCAUCGACUUUCAAACCCUCAGAGGAAAAGCACUCGUGAGACAAUGGCAGAUGAAGGUUUCUUUGAUCUGCUGAGUCGGUUCCAGAGUAACAGGAUGGAUGAUCAGAGGUGCUGCUUCCAGGAGAAGAACAGACUCUCAGCUGCUCCACUGGCAACAUCCUCUACUCCACCUAAAACGAUGAUAAAAUCCUUUUCCACGUCCGCAGUGUCUCCGCACACAGACGAGUUCCUGGACCUGCUGGCGAGCUCGCAGAGCCGCCGGCUGGAUGACCAGCGUGCCAGCUUCAGCGAGCUGCCCGGCCUGCGCCUCCGGCAGCACGGCAGCCAGGCUGUGCUGGGCCACCUCAUGGCCAGCAGCAACAGGGACCUGGAUGAUGACUUCUUCGAUAUAUUGAUUAAAUGCCAGGGUUCCAGACUGGAUGAUCAAAGGUGUGCUCCUCCAGGAGCUGCCAAAGGCCCCACCGUACCAGAUGAGGAUUUUUUCAGCCUGAUUUUGCGCUCACAAGCAAAAAGAAUGGAUGAGCAGAGAGUCCACUUACCCUCAGCUAUAAAGGGACCCAAUUCCAGCUGAAGACCCCAGAGGCAUGUACUGUACAGCAGCAUCAUAGGGAUCAUUCUGAUUUGCUGGAAAAGCACACUUGCCUUUUUUAAGAUGACUACAAUUAGUAGCUUUGUCUCCUUUCUCCUAGUUUUUUUCACAGAAAUAGCAGCAGCAUCAUACUCAUGAGCAGUAGUUACAGAGCUGCUCCUGCUCUAGCAGUUGGUAGCUGCUUUCAGAGCAGUGGCUGAGGUACUGGUACUGUCUCUCUUAAUUGCCUCUAGUCUAUCAAAAUGAUUAUGAUUUUUUUUUCUCUGUCAAUUCUCUUAUUGCUCACAAGUGGAUUUUAUCACUGUCUCAAUCUAGUGUAAGACUUAAAUUUUUAUGUUCUUUUUAAAGAAAACUUGAUUUUUUUCCCCUGAUUUGUAUCUCUUGGAAAAAAAGUUCUGUUUUCUUUUAUACAUUUUUUUAAAAAAUAAUGUAAAGAAAAAUGAGAAAUAGCUUCAGUAUGUAGAAUCUUUUCAGAAACACAGUUUGGAAGAAACAAUUUCUACAAAAAAAAAUAAAAUUAAACCCUAGUUUUAAUUCUGUUUAAUAAAAAAACAUUUUUUCAAACA